CCCCGCCCCCCUAUCCCCCCUCCGCCCCCCUUCUCUCCUCCUGCUCUGAUCGAUGAGCCUCUCACAGUUUGAUCUCUGAUCAGUUGUAUCGGUUCUGUAUCGGUAGCUGUUGUUGUGUCGGGUUCUGUUCUCGGUUCUUCGGGUCUCGGUCUGGUUUGAUCUGGUCCCUUCUGGUUCUGGCUGCUUGUUCCGGAACUUUUCUGCCUCGGUGUGAAGCCUCGGUUUCGGGUUAACAGUUAGCAUCUGUGUGUUGGAGCAGUUUUAGCUUCUGUUACCUUCAUCACGCGGAAAAUUCCCACAUCAGAGUCUCUGUUUCACACCGGCCCCACCUCCCCCUGCUACCGCUCCGGACCGGACCCAGAGCCCGGUCCACCCAGAAGCUGCUCAGCUGGUUCGGUUCAGUUAGCAGGGCAGCUAAGCUAACAAGCUAACCUGCGUUAGCAGCUAGCACUGAGCCCGGGCUGCCUCCGUGCUCCUCAUGCCGGCGAUGCUGGAGAGAAACCCGGAGGCUCCGGGGAAGAGAAGAGGCAGAGCCCCGGCGGGCGGCGGCGGCAGCAGCGGCCCCGGAGCAGCAGCGAACCCGGGCGGGAAGAAUCUGUCCGGUAAUGGAACCAGCACCAACAGCUGCUGGGAAGAAGGAAGUUCAGGAUCUAGCAGCGACGAGGAGCAUGGUGGUGGAGGGAUGCGAGUCGGACCCCAGUACCAGGCCGUUGUUCCGGAUUUUGACCCAGAAGUGGCUCAGGCAGCUCAGCUCAGAGAAAACCUCGGGAUGUUGGUUUGGAUCCCCAGCAACUGUUUGAACCAGACUCAGUUGGACGAGUACAUCGCCAUCGCCAAAGAGAAACAUGGAUACAACAUGGAGCAGGCUCUGGGGAUGCUCUUCUGGCACAAACACAACAUUGAGAAAUCUCUGGCUGAUCUGCCGAACUUCACCCCAUUUCCUGACGAGUGGACGGUGGAGGACAGAGUCCUGUUUGAACAGGCCUUCAGCUUCCACGGCAAGAGCUUCCACCGCAUCCAGCAGAUGUUGCCUGAUAAAUCGAUGGCCAGUCUGGUUCGGUUUUAUUACUCUUGGAAGAAAAGUCGUAGUAAAACCAGUUUGAUGGACCGACAGACCCGAAAACACAAGAGAGAGAGAGAUGACAGUGACGAUGAAGUUGAAGAUGGGAACAGAAAUCCUCCGAGUGACUCUGAGUUCGACCAAAAUAAAGACGACAAGAAAGAGGUGAGUCCAGGAUCAGAGAGAUCAGAGGUGAAACCAGCUGCUGGACUGAAGACAGGUGGGAAGGCGUCACAGCGAAUGAAGAAACGUCCUCCGAGAGGAAUGUUUCUGAAUCAGCAGGACGUCGUCUCUCUGUCGUCUUCAUCUGCUCAGGGACUCAUCAGACACCUGGACUGUCAGCUGGUCUCCAUCAAGAGACAGAUUCAGACCAUUAAACAGACGAACAGCACUUUGAAGGAGAAGCUCAGCUCAGGUGUUGACGAGUUCAGGCAACCUGAGGUGAAUCAGAAAUUUAACACUCGUUGGACCACAGAGGAGCAGCUGCUUGCUGUACAAGCCAUCAGGAAGUAUGGGCGGGACUUCCAGGCAAUCUCAGAUGUGAUUGGUAACAAGUCUGUGGUUCAGGUGAAGAACUUCCUGGUGAACUACAGACGGAGGUUUAACCUGGACGAGGUUCUUCAGGAGUGGGAGGCUGAACACGGCAUGGAGGGAGGAGAGGGGGGAGACGAAGGAGGAGAGGAGGACAAGAUGGAGGAGAAGAUGGAGGUGUGUCCUGCUGAGGAGGAGGAGGUUACAGCCAAGGAGACAAAGGAGAACUCGUCCUCUCCAGUCGACUCCCAGAAGCCUCUGGCCUCCUGAGACCCUCUGACUCCGCCUCUUUGGUUUUAUGAUGUCAUCAUUUUAUUUUAUUUUAUUUCCUCAGUUUAUCAGUUAGUGUGUUGAACUUUUAUUGAUCAGUUGAUUGAUCAGGUUUGAGGUUUGUAUCAUGACCUGUCACCUGUCGUCACUGCUCUCUCUGGACCAAUCAGAAAUCAGGCCUGACCUGUCAAUCACAGUGGGAGGGGCCUGGUUCCUGUCUCUUUAUUUCCAUGUUUUCUGUUUUAAAUCUGCUGUUUUUGGUUUUCUGAGUUUUUGUUUCUCUGUGUGGAGGUGUGUGUGUUGGAGGUAGAGGUGUUGAACUGAAUCAGCCAUGUUGGAUGAUGUCACUCAGGUAUCGUCAUCCUGUUUUAUGGAUUUUAGGACAUUUUAGGAGAGUGACAAUAAAACCAAAGUUCAUCAAUAAA